UUGGGGUGCUUCAACGGAAAACAGAUGGCGCCACUUUUUUGUAAUUCAAGUUAAAAAAACUAGAUGUCAUUAUUUCUAUGUCCGAAAGGAAAAAAACAUUAGCGAUAUUCUUUUCACAUAAACAUACGUCGAAGUAAAACCAUCGUUGUUUCUCGCUUGCAUUUAACAACUAACCUAAACUAACCCCAAUCCCGAACUCGCCCAAGGGGCUUUAUUGUUACCUACGAUGCAGAAGUACGAAAAACUGGAAAAAAUUGGAGAAGGAACAUAUGGAACUGUAUUCAAGGCCAAGAAUAGAGAAAAUCAAGAGAUAGUGGCAUUAAAGCGUGUUCGUCUUGAUGAUGAUGAUGAGGUAAAUUAUAAUUGUUGGAGAAAAAUAUUUUUUAUACUGCAUUCACUAUUGAUGUUAGGGUGUUCCAUCCAGUGCCUUGAGAGAAAUAUGCUUAUUAAAAGAGCUGAAACAUCACAACAUAGUUCGAUUACAUGAUGUUCUCCAUAGUGA